AUGGAGCCGCCUUCUUCCUUUGAGGAUCCUGGGACGCUAUAUGCGCAUUCAGGGGUGGACCCCGAUCCUGUGACAGGCGCAAUCGCCGUUCCGAUAUACCAGUCCACCACGUAUGUGCAAGAGAGCGUUCAAAAGUACCUGAACAAGGGAUACUCCUACUCGAGAUCGGGGAAUCCAACAGUUCGUGCUCUGGAAAAGAGGCUAUGCGCUGUCGAAGGUGGAGCUGACGCAUCCUGUUUCAGCACGGGAAUGGCGGCAUCCCUUGCGGUACUCACAACAUUUCUCAGUGCAGGAGACCAUUGCGUUAUGCCAAUUUGUCUAUAUGGCGGCACUUAUCGCGCUGCAAACGAGUACCUGCGCCGAUUUGGAGUGGUUUUCGAUUUCGUCGAUUUCAGGGACCCCAACAAGGUAGCGAAGGCACUUAAAAAGAAUACAAAAGUGGUAUUCUGCGAAACUCCGGCAAAUCCGACCCUUCAUUUAACAGAUUUGGAAGCUAUUGACACCAUCAUUGCCAAAGCAGAGGUUGAGAGGCUUUUUUCAGGCAAAAUGGAAUCAAGGGAAGCAGGAUCAGCAGAAGAACUGCUUAGGUCCCUUGUUGGUGGGAAGAGGGAGAGCCAGCGCUCCAUCCUAUUCGUCGUCGAUUCAACCUUCGCAACGCCCAUAAUGUUGCGCCCAUUCGAGUAUGGUGCAGACAUUGUGGUGCAUUCCGCCACCAAAUACUUUGAUGGUCAUAACAUCACCACAGGGGGCUGUGCUAUCAGCCGGUUUGCUGAUCACAACACCAGAAUAGCCUAUACGAGAAAUAUAUGUGGGAGCAUUAUGGAUCCACAAACUGCAUUUUACACUCUGAAUUCAAGCAUGACUCUGCCCCUGCGCUUCAAGCGUCAAAGCGAAACAGCGAAAGCCGUUGCAGAAUUUCUCCAGCAGCACCCGAAGGUAGAGCGCGUCUUGUACCCCGGGCUCGACAGCCACCCACAGCGGAGUCUGGCCAUCAAAUAUCACCGUGAAGACAAUAAUGGUGGCGUCCUUGGUUUUGACGUAAAGGGUGGAAUUGAAAAUGGUAUAAAGUUGAUGAAUUCAAUCGGCUUUCCUUUUUCCCUAUGUGAAAACCUCGGCUCUGCUCAGUCGCUUAUUACUUGCCCCGCAGUUUUCACGCAUGCCCAGCUGACAAAGGAGCAGCGGCUGGCCAUUGGAGUCACGGAUGGCUACAUCCGUCUUUCUAUUGGGUUUGAGAGCGCAAAAGACCUUAUUGCAGCUCUCGAAAAGGCUCUAAAUGAGCUCGAGUAG